UUCCGCCUGGCGCGCCUGCCGAGCUCCGAGCUGCCGAUGGUGAUGGCUGCCGCAAGUCUCUGAGGGAACUCGGAGCCCCGGAGUCGGGGCCAGAGGUUGACAGCAGACAGCCAGCAGCCUGUCGGAAGCGGCAGGACGUAAAGGAGAGUGUCGUACUGCUCCGAGCCGCCACCGGGAGCGCGGCAGUGGCUGAGAUUCCUCCUGCUGAAGAGAGGAAAUCUCAUCCAAGGCCACAAUGUCAUUUCCCAAUUAUCCAAGUGCUGCCUGCUUAAGCUAACACUGCCAGAAUCCUGCUCCCUUGGGAGGAAUCAAGCUGACGUGGCAUGAGCUUCCUGCCUUCCUGGGGUUGAGAGAAGCACAACUAUGGCUUCUCUUGAUGACCCAGGGGAAGUGAGGGAAGGCUUCCUAUGCCCUUUGUGCCUGAAGGACCUUCAGUCUUUCUAUCAACUUCAGUCACAUUAUGAGGAAGAACAUUCAGAAGAUCGUGAUGUCAAAGGGCAAAUUAAAAAUCUUGUCCAGAAGGCAAGGAAAGCAAAGAACAAGUUGUUGAAACGAGAAGGGGAUGAUCGAGUGGAACCAGGGACCCAAGGAUAUGAAUCAUUCAGCUAUGGAGGGGUUGAUCCUUACAUGUGGGAACCCCAGGAGCUUGGUGCUGUGAGAAGCCAUCUUUCUGACUUCAAAAAACAUCGUGCUGCAAGAAUUGACCACUAUGUAGUUGAAGUCAAUAAAUUAAUAAUCAGGUUGGAAAAGCUCACUGCAUUUGACAGAACAAAUACUGAGACUUCAAAGAUUAGAGCAAUAGAAAAGUCCGUGGUGCCUUGGGUCAAUGACCAGGAUGUUCCUUUCUGUCCGGAUUGUGGGAAUAAGUUCAGCAUCCGGAACCGACGUCACCACUGCCGCCUCUGUGGGUCUAUCAUGUGCAAGAAAUGUAUGGAGCUCAUUGGGCUGCCCUUGGCAAAUAAGCUCACCAGUGCCAGCAAGGACUCCCUGAGCACCCACACCAGCCCCAGCCAGUCACCUAACAGUGUCCACGGCUCCCGCCGGGGCAGCAUCAGUAGCGUGAGCAGUGUCAGCUCAGUCCUGGACGAGAAGGAUGAUGACCGCAUCCGCUGCUGCACACAUUGCAAGGACACGCUGCUCAAGAGAGAGCAGCAGAUGGACGAGAAGGAGCACACACCUGACAUCGUGAAACUCUACGAGAAACUGCGACUUUGCAUGGAGAAAGUUGACCAGAAAGCUCCAGAAUACAUCAAGAUGGCAGCAUCGUUAAAUGCCGGGGAGACAACCUACAGUCUGGAGCAUGCCAAUGACCUUCGAGUAGAAGUGCAGAAAGUGUACGAGCUAAUAGACGCUUUAAGUAAGAAGAUCUUAACCUUGGGCUUGAACCAAGACCCUUCACCACAUCCAAACACUUUGCGGCUACAGAGAAUGAUUAGAUACUCAGCUACACUAUUUGUGCAGGAAAAGUUACUGGGUUUGAUGUCAUUGCCAACCAAAGAACAGUUUGAAGAACUGAAAAAGAAAAGGAAGCAGGACCUGGAACAGAAGAGGACCAUGGAGAGACAGGCUGCUCUGGAGUCCCAGCGGAAGCUUGAAGAAAGGCAGAGUGGUUUGGCAUCUCGUGCAGCCAAUGGGGAAGUGAGGUCUCUUCGAGGCAUCCCUGCUCCCUUGAGAAAGGCUGAGGGCUGGCUCCCAUUGUCAGAAGGUCAGGGACAGAGUGAAGACCCUGACCCUCUCCUCCAGCAGAUCUACAACAUUACAUCCUUCAUCAGACAGGCCAAGGCUGCAGGCCGCACAGAUGAGGUGCGCACACUUCAAGAGAACCUGCGGCUGCUGCAGGAUGAGUAUGACCAGCAGCAGACUGAGAAGGCCAUUGAGUUGUCCCGGAGGCAGGCUGAGGAGGAGGAGCUGCAGCGGGAGCAGCUACAGAUGCUCCGCAAGCGGGAGCUGGACCGAGAACAGGAGCAGAUCCUGGCAGCAUCCAUGCACACACGGACUCGUGUUCUAGAGCUCCGAGAAGUCAUACCCUUCCAGUUGGAGCCCAGCCGAGGGCCUCACCCUGAUCUUGCCUAUUCCUUGGAUCGGGACUCCUCCCCAGUUCAGAACAGCACAGCUCCUGAUACCCUUUCACCUGACUCAGCGCUAGCACCCAUCCACUUGUGGUCUGGGCCCCCAGCCCUUGGCCAGGACUUACUCCUCCAGGGCACCACGUCACAGCAAAGUGAUAAGACCUCUCUCAACCCCUUUGAUGAAGAAGACCUUUCCAGCCCUACAGAGGGUGCUGCAAGCCCUGCUGCUGCAGAAGCUUUCCUGGGCUGUCCAGCUGCUGUCACCAGAGAAUACAAUCCUUUUGAGGAAGAUGCUGAGGAAGAGGAGGUGGCAGAGUUGGGGACAGGGAAUCCCUUUACUGACCCAGACAGUCCAGCACCCAACCCCUUUGAUGAGGAUGACCGUCCCAGGCCUUCCAGCCCACCUGCCCCUGGAAACCCUUUUGAAGAUUACCCCUGCACAAACCCCUUUGAGGUGGACAGUGAUAGUGGCAUGGAGGCUGAGGAACACAUUGAAGAGGAGCUGCUCCUGCAGCAGAUUGACAACAUCAAGGCUUACAUCUUUGAUGCCAAGCAGUGUGGUCGAAUGGAUGAGGUGGAGGUGCUGACGGAGAACCUCCGGGAGCUAAAGUGCACCUUGGCUAAGCAGAAGGGGGGCCCCUAGCUGACAGCAGUGGGUAGGGACCAGGCAGAGUUUUGAGCAGCAGGGUACCAAGGAGGAAGAGGAGCAGAUGGGUGGGCAUCUGGAUGCACACAGGUGAGGGCUGGGAACCGUAGUGUCUUGCUGUGCACCUUGAGGCAUUUCCACUAUAGCUGAACAAGAACAGGAAAAAAAAAUCAGCAUUCAUUUGCUGGUUUUCUGUAUUUUUUUUUUUUUUUAAUGAAAUGUUCUCUUUUCAGGGGACUUUACCAUUUUAUUUCUGAGAAACAGCUCAGUGCAGCUCUGUUGGCUCCUGGGUACCUCUUAGUCCAUUUCCUGCUGACUGUUCUUGGUCAGUAUGCAGUAUUAUAGGGCAGCCCUUGACAGGCCCCUUCCUGUAGCCAAGACAGGCAGGGGCUUUGGCAGAAGUCUGUUCAGAUUUGCCUGCUCCCCAUCACCUCCUUCCUGCUUGGGCUGUCUCCUGGACGUGAAGGAAGAUGCUGCUGUGAAGAGAAAAGUCUGGACCCAAGGAGAACCCAUGACUCUUAUGGAUGGCAGGAAUGCUAGUGUUGUCCCCUCCCAGUUAAAGGAAGUAAAUGUCCCAAAUGUGAGGAGGGGUGGGUGGGGGCAGAGGAUGGUGUCAAUGUGAGCUUGAUUAUGAGAUAAGGGUGAUCAACUUUUUGGUGGAUGUUAUGGUUUGGGAGAAGUUUCUACCUGAACAGUUAUCUGUUCUCUGGAAACCUCCCUCCAGGGCUUUGGCAGAAUGACUAGUCUGUAGGUCACAUUCAAAGGCCUGUGGUGUGAUUUGAGAAUUGUGACCAGGAAGCUUCUGUGGAGCAUUGGCAGGAGAUGGAAUACUUCUGCGUCAGGAGGUAAAUUCUAGUAACUUCCAAGGCUCUCCAGUCAGCCUUCUUCCCUGUGGUUCAUCCUGACCUGGGAAACUGGUGAUAUGUUUUCUUACUCCUU